AUGUCUACCACCACAGAGAGAGGAGUGCAAACCCGGGGAAUGAAGAGAAAAGAAGAGGAGAAGCACGAGCAAGUUACCCUGUCCAAAGUGUUGAAAAUCAUAUGUGCUAACAGCUCCAACAGGCUCUUGAAGCAUGCUUUCGCAGACUUCAGCUACUUCCCAAAGCUCCCAGCAGAGCUCCGACUCAUGAUUUGGAAGUUCGCCCGUCCAGAAGGACGAAUCAUCCGCAUCAAACCAAGAAGCAAACGCCACCUCCGCCUAAAGCACACCAGCCCCCUCGAGAUGAGGGCCCUCUACUCAACCGCCAAAGUCCCCGCCAUGCUGCACGCCUGUCUGGAGUCCCGCGUGGUGGCGCAGAAAUGGUACAAACUCUCUUUCGGCACGACCCUAUACGGCGAACCGCAAACUUACUUCGACUAUGAGCAGGACGAAGUCCUCGUGUCGUGCAGUAAGGGCAAUUCAGGCCAGUGUGAUGGUACGGCCAUCACAUGGCUGAUGCGCUGGUCGGAGCUCGCAUUAAAUCGACUCUUCCUCGCUGGAGAAGUCAGCCAGUCGUUCAUGACUUGGCAAUUUAACUCUUUCACCGGCAUCACGGACUUGGUCCUGAUUCCAGCAAAUUCGCUCCGGGGGGAUGUGGAGAUAACGAAGGGUAUGCUUCGCCCGCUAAAGGGUGAGCUGCCAGUGGAGAUUAAAGAGGCAGAGGAGGAGGUGGAGGAGUGGUGCUCGUUUCUCAGAACCAAUACCGGGAUGAGAGUGAGCCGGCCUGAGUUCUCUCUGAGGACCGCGGCGAUGGAUGUUAUACCGGAGAGGGAGGUAACGAUCGAAAUUUGA